CACAGACCUCUACAUUCCCCAUACGGAACGAGCCGUUGUUAUGCCUUCAAACAGCCCGACAGUAUGGAAAUUCGAACUGGAAAAGACGCUUCAGGCAUGUACGCAUGACUACAGAGAUCUCGCUCUUGAACAGGCGCAAGCUCUUGCUGAACCUCCAUCUGCAUUAACGGCACUUCGCAUGAUCCAUCAUUCUCAUCCUUAUUUGAUCAAUGGUUUCUCUCCCCUUGAAAAAGAAACGGCAAACUUGUAUGAUUGGUCCCGAGCAGAAGUUUAUAAAGAGAUAUCUGGGUCGAGGCGAGUGACGGUUGCCGUUACGGAUGACGGUCUGGCUGAUUCUGUUCGUGAACGUCACGAUGGUCGAAAAACAUUUGUCAAGGCUCUGGAGACCAAAAUGACUAUGUCUCAACUGACGGAAAAGCUAGGAAGGUCUGCAGACCAGGACUCUUUCAUCUACUAUCUCCAGUCGCAGGACGGUAACAUCUAUCGCGACCAACCAAGCUCGUCGGGGCCACCCGAGUUAGAAGCUUUUCAGAAAUACUUCAAGAGGGACGUGUCAUGGAUGAAGGAGGCCAUUGGGAAGCAGGCAGAAGCUGUGAAUCUCUGGAUAGGAGACAGUAGAAGUACGACUUCUUUGCAUCAUGACCCAUACGAAAACAUAUACCAUGUACUGGCUGGCUCCAAGACUUUCACCUUGCUUUCGCCCCUUGAAACCAUUCACCUCGACCAAAGGUUCUAUCCUCCUUCGACCCUCAAGCGCUCUCCUUCAGGCCAGCUUUACCCGGAGUACGACUAUCCAAACCCCUCUUGCGGGCCCAGAAUCCCCUGGGUGGAAAACCUCUGCCUUCCGCGAUCUGCUCGUUCCAUAAGCGUAACUCUGCACGAGGGUGAUACCUUGUUCUUACCGGCAGGGUGGUGGCACCGUGUUGAACAAGAAGGAGGGGAAGAGGGGAUUGCUGUCGCUGUUAACUAUUGGUAUCCCUCAGAGAUUCAUCCGGAGCGAUAUGCUUAUGAAAGAUUCUUUCGAAGAAUUGCCAUCAUGUCAGGUAUGGAAGGAUUAAUACCUCCGAUGGGCGAUGAAGAGUCUAUAAAUUCCGAAGAGAACGACGAUCCUGAUAGAUAAUCGGCCAGCAAUGAGUGACUGCGGCCCUGGUGAUGGAGUCGAUUGGUGUCUACCAUGUAGAGCUGGGAGUGAAGUAGCGCAAAAGCCAAAAUCAUUGGUGCAAUAAUUAAGCAGCAGGGAACAACUAUACGAUGAAUCUUAUUGUCACAAGACGUUCACUGA